CUGAGCGUAUUUUUGUUUUGGUCACAUGACAGCUAACAUGGUAGAUGGUAAUGACAGAGAAGACAGCGCUGACGACGAUUUUGAUUUAGAGAGCCAAAACAACGAAAUGAGUCUCAACAAUAAUGGUAUCAACGGUUCAAACACGGAGGAUACGCUUCAAGCGUUACUGAUGGCAUCAUUAAAUGUGAAUGAUGCUGAAGAUCUUAACGAUAUGGCGAGCAUAGCCGGAGAGUAUUCCUCUUUGAACAACACAAUAGAUGAAUUAAACAGUUUCCUGGAUCGUUGGGAUGAAAGGCACGACAGACUCAGAGCCCAAAUCCGAGAAGCUUUGGAGGAGGAUGAAAGAGAGAGGGCUAAUAAUGCCGUAACAGCCGAACAGCCAAAGGAGGAUCCUUCAGGGAACGAGAGCAAAACCUCUAGCCAGGAAAGUUCUGACAAAGUCACAGAGAAAGAAAACACGGAGUCUUCAAAUUCAAGUUCAGAUUCACCCACAGAUUCUCUUCCUCCUCCUUCAUGACUUUAAUUAUAACCAUAGUCACUUAUUCUAGAUUUAUAACAACAGCAAGCGUAUGUAAAUAUAGGAAGAUAAUGCAUUGAAGCUUUGAAUACUGUGAUCUCCGGCUAACAGCACGCUGGGUAAUGGCAUGAUCCACCUAAAAACAUGCUAGGAGUGGGAACCAAUUUUUCUCUGAUACUGAUAUAAUUAUUAGUCAAAAGUGCACAUUCUAAAUCGACAACUCCGUCUAAAUGCCCAAUUGUCCCUGUGCCAGUGUCAGAAAACAGACCAGCCAUAAAAAUGACUCGUUGAUCUGGAACUGAUGGAAGCGAAGUAAACGUCACAUGUCCUCCUUUAUGACCGGUACUUGAAAUUGUCGCUUUGCCAUGGAGAAAAAGUCAUAGGAAGGUGAUGUUGGUGUGAGACUGACUGCGCAAUGAGGAGGCAAGUGUCUGGCCUUGCAUGGUGGACAGGUAGUGUGAGUGUGGGAGGGCUAUGGUCAUAGUUAUGACAGCCAUUGUCUGUGAUCGGUGGGUGCCGGAAAACUUCUUACUUAGGGGCGAGCUCAGCUCAAUUAUGCAACCUACUGAAGUUGAUCAGAUGCGAGAUGGUUCUCAUCAAUCAAUGAAAUUCAACAGAAUACUUAACUUAUUCUAGAUUACUCCCUUUUGAAAUUCACUUAGCACAUUUGCAUAAGAAGAGUAUGCUUCUACUUGCUACCCCAGCUGCAUGUCAUUAGCCAGAGACCACUGUAUUAUGAUCUUAUGAUUUUUGUUGUUGUUUGAAUUUCAAAAUUUGUACUUUAAGCAUUAUUUUAUUAGUAUCUUGGAAAAUACCAAAUGGUGUACUUUUAAGCACUAUCAAUGAAUGAGAAAAUGGUGAUUACCACUAUGUUGGAACGAAGAUAGUACAUAACAAGAUGGUUCACUCAGCCAAAAAGUGUCCGCGGAAGUCCACUCAUUGCUUCAGAUGGCACUGCAGUCUUUGUUUGAAGCUCUCUUUCGUUUCUCCAGAAGAAGAAUUGGAAUAGCAACCCCUUGCGUGUGCAGAUCGACUGCUGUCAUCAACUGUUCAGGUUCAUUCAGUGUGGAGCUUAAGGUUUUUAAAAAAAUUUCAAUGACCUCUCAGAAAA